CAUGAUGCUUGGAGGUUUAACCCCUACCAAAGCAGCGACUCCGGAGAUUCAACAGCUGGCGGACGAGGUGAAACCUCAAUUAGAAGCAAGGGAAAACAGGAGCUUCCCUAUUUUCACCGCUGUCGAGUACAGAACACAGGUGGUUGCCGGAACAAACUACUUUAUUAAGAUUGACGUGGGUCACGGCGUUUAUGUCCACGUGCGUAUAUUUGAACCCCUUCCAUGCAACGAUACGGAAGUCUCCUUGACUAGUUACCAGACUGGCAAAAAGGCAAACGAUCCCCUGGACUACUUCGGCUAG